UGUUUUGUUUGAGCGCUCGGCCGGGACGUCGGAGUUUCGCGGCGGCAGUAGCGCGAUCAGCCCCGCACGGUACGCACGAUGGUCGCGCAGAAGCACGUGCUCGCGGCCACGCUCCUGUGCGCGCUGGCCGGCCAGCUCGGCGCCGGGGCCAGCCUCCACUGCGCCAUGCGCAGGGAGAUCUCCCCGUGCACCUGCCGGCGCGAGGACUCCAACACCGGUGCCAUCCUCGUCCUCUGCCACCGGAUCAAAGCUUACGAAGAAAUCGCCAAAGCCCUCACUAAUAAAUUCAGCCCAGAAACAAAAAUUGGACUUGAUAUAUCCCACUCGCAGCUGCCGGAUAUUGCAGAUCACAGUUUUCGAGAACUAGGCCUCUCUAUCACAAAACUGAAACUGAAUAAUGACAAUCUAAGUGAGCUGCCAGAGAACGCGUUCACAAGGCUAGACCUGGUGGAUUUCUUCAGCGUGUCGGACAACGCGCUGGCCGAGAUCCCGCGCCACGUGGUGCGGCACCUGCCGCACGCCAAGACCCUGGACCUCUGCCGCAACAAAAUCUCCAAGCUCACCGAGGACGACUUUAAAGACUUACAAGAACUAGAACACUUGUUAAUAGCCAACAACGAGAUAUCAAAGAUCGAGCGGCACGCUUUACCGAAAGCUCUGAAGCACGUUCAUCUUGGAAUCAACAGCCUGAACAGCCUAAACGGCGCGCUCAGAGAUCUGGACGAGUUGGAGUGGAUAUUCAUUAACGCUAACAACCUGAAAUCCCUCGAGAAUGAAUUACCAAUCAGAUCAAGAAAGAUAUCCUUCAUACAUGCCGCACAAAACGAGCUGCAGAGUUUGCCCAAGGACCUAAGGCAAAUGCCUACGCUGGACUCCCUAUUUUUCUACGACAAUAACAUCAAACUGUUGGAUGGGGCUCUGCAAAAAUCUCGAAAAUUAACAAAGAUCAAUCUCUCAUUUAAUGAAAUUGAAAGUUUGGCUGAAGAUGAAUUUGCGGAAGCUGAAGUUUUGGCAUAUCUCGACAUUUCGUACAAUCAAAUUAAAUCACUCAAUGGUUCGUUGAGAAGCCUUAAGUCGUUGCGCUAUUUAAACCUAACGCAUAACUCUUUAAUAGAGUUUUCUCUGCAUGAAAUAAAAGGUUUAAAGAAAUUAGAUGUAAUAGAUUUCUCGCACAACAAGAUUAAUCACAUCACUGGAAACAUGGAGAACCUAGUUGACGUUGAAACGAAAGUGCUGGAGUUGCGCUUGGACCACAACCAUCUCGUAACCCUCGGGGGCGCUCUAAUCGGAUUCCAUGGCCUCAUGAGACUGAACCUAAGCAACAACCAGCUGCAGCAGAUAUCAUCAGACGACCUCAAUGGCCUGGAGGACUUGAAAGUUCUCGAUUUAUCUUUUAACGACAUCGCCACGCUGGAAGAAACCUCAAAGUCAUUUUUGCCGUCUCUUGAGGAGCUAAUCGCCCACCACAACAACAUUAGUGCCCUCGACAAAGACUUCCACGGGCUGCCGUCGUUGUGCAUGGCAGAUCUUGCGUACAACAAGAUCCGCUCCAUCAACUACGAUCUCGUGUCAAAAACCCGGUGCACCAUAAACGGUGUCCCCAGUAAACUGAAGAUAUACCUUCAAGAUAAUCCGGUGUUAUGCGACGAACGGAUGAAUGAGAUGGUGAUGAUGCUGGAGAACCUGAACGCUCGGGUGAGCGGGUCGUCGACGUGCCUGGGCACGCAGACGGCGGCGCCGGUGCUGAGCAUGCGCGCGCUGAACGACGUGGCGCCGCGGCAGGACGCCGCCGUCAUCGUGGUGGCGCACCUGCUGCCGCACGACGAGCAGCGCCCGCUGCCGCCCGCGUACCGGCGCGUCGGCGCGCUCAUCGGACACGUGCUCCCCGAGCACGAGGGCGGGCUGCCCGUGGUGGUGGAGCCGCCCGUCACGCUGCCGCCCACCACCAACGUCGUCGUCAAGUGGCCCGACGACCAGCACCCGCACCCGCUCGCGGAUCUGCGCCUGCGCGACCUCAACGCGCCGGCGCAGUGAGCCGCGCCGGCCUCCGGGAACUCAGUGCUGCGCCCUAACAAAACGUACUGAUAACCGACCCCGGCCCGAACAGGGCAGUGACUCUAACUCGGCCGAGUGCACUAAUUAUUAUAUAACUACCAAAAGUAGCUACUUCCUACAUUUUUAGAGCUGAGAUGUAUAUAAGUAGUAGUAUUUUUAUAGCCACUGAUGAUGCGUUCUACUGAUUUAGGUUUUUACGCAGCGUCAAUUAAAUGGUUGUAAUGUGCGAGCACGUAAGUAAUAAUAAGUGUAACAACAUGAAUACUGUUCGCAGGGCGGUUCGUGAAGAACCGUUUUAGAGGAGCGCCAGUCGGGCUAUAGCCGCCAGGUGCCUUGCCAGCUCUUGUGGGAUAGAGCCUUUCAUUUACGUCCGGCGUACAGCCAAAGUGGACUCACUAGAGCUACAUAUCAAAAUUUAAAGAAAGUUGUACUGAGAGCAUCUUUAAGGGUAAACUGACCAAAAGUCUAGUCAGACCCUGCAGCACUCCACGUCUCAGAAACAAAUUCCUUGUAAAUUAUUAUACAAAAAACUUUAGUGGAAAUAUUUUCCCAAACUCCAUGGGGUUGUGUUUUUUCGUAGCGGAGUUUUUUUUGUUACCGUUCAACU